CUUUCCUGCCGGCCUCUCAGCAGAGGAUGUGUCAGGGAGAGAGAGUGUGUGUGAGGGAAAAGAGGAAAGCAGCCAGUAGAAUGGAUAUGUGCCCUCUCUCCUCCAUUCUUUCUUGUCCUUCUUCUUCUUCUUCUUCUUCUUCUUCUCUGUGUCAUCUGUGUCUUCCUUCACCCUCCUCUGCCAGUGUUGCACCCUGGGAACCCUCAGUGCCGGCCCUCGGGGAAAAGGAGACUCGUCGGGUGGACGGGCAGCUGCCAACUGAACUUCAAUGUCAGCAGGGGAUCAGAAGAAUGGUGGGGACAAACCAGAAGACAUGAUGCCAGUGGCAAAGGUAUGGCCAGAGGUGGAGAGGGCCGAGAGUUUGGCCCGCGGUGCUGCACUGAAGUGGGCGUCAGGUGUUUUCUGUCGGCCCGAGCACCUGGAGCGACUGAGCCAGUACAGAAAGAGAGAGAGUCAGAGGACGGCCUCCAUACACACCCGACUCAAGUCCAUGGUGCAGUCGUACCUGGAGGGGGUGGGCUGGGGUCUGGAGCAGCUCCGGGAGGCCAGGGCCGAGCUGAAGGAGGUGUCACAUGCUUUGCGGAAAGCAGGACUGGAGACCAGUCGAAACGCAGAGGGGGUGAAGUCUCUGGAGAGGCUGAGAGAAGUGUCUGUUAACCACUGUCAGCUCCUCGCUGCUGUUAGCAACCUGCCACGACUUUAUUCUGUGCGGAGCAUGGUGUUGGAGACUGAGCGUCUAGUGGAGUCCAGGCGGCUCCUGGAGGCCCACGCCCGGUUGAUGGAUCUGGAGCGCUGGCAGGAUGACAUCCUCUGGCAGCUCCACGGGGCUGCUGGGACGGCAGGAAGUGCACUCAGCACAGAAGACCAGGAGCUGGUGGCCAAGUAUUUCUCUGGUGUCGGGCAGCUGGUGGACGCCCUGGGUAAGGAGCUGUGGGCGGUGGUGAGCAGCGCUCUGGCUCUGGCCCGACAAAACCCCACACCAUUUGUAUCAGCGGUGAGGAUCGUGGAGCGGGAGGAGGCCCUGGACCAAGCCUUUCAGGAGGAGAGAGGGGGGACCAGAGGCAACAGCAGGCCUCUGCCUCCAGGACGACCUCGCUGCUGGAGAGCGUGCUUCUUCCAGGUACUAGAGGAGGCGGUUUCUGCACGGUUUCGCAGCGUUUCCUACCUGCACACACGGGGUCCAGGUCUGGCAGGCCACCUCUCUGCUCUCCAGCACGGUAUCAUGGCUGACCUGGCCACCGUACGUCACCUGCUGGAGCACUGCGUCCCGCCACACUACCAGCUGACAGGGGCCUACCUGAGGGCCAGCCACCGCUGUUUACAUGCUCACCUGACACAGGUCAGUAGCUGGGACCUGGAGAGUGGUGAAAUCUUUGCUGUGCUCAACUGGGUGCUACACAUCUACAACAGCCCAGACAUGAUGGGUCAUCCAGAGCUGGUGGCCGAGAUAGAGAAAGUAGAGCUUGGACCUCUCAUCUCCACCGAGGGACUGGAACAGCUGCAGAACAAAUAUGUGCAGAGUGUUCGGAAGAGUGUAUCAGAGUGGAUGCACAAAGCUCUGCAGGUGGAGCUGCAAGACUGGCAGAGGGACCAGGAACCAGAUACAGACCAUGAAGGUUUCUACCAAACAAGCCUGCCCACCAUCAUCACACAGAUGCUGGAAGAGAACGCCCGGGUGGCUCUGAUGAUCGGAGAGUCACUACGAGAUCAGACAAUACAGAUGGGACUGUAUGAGAUGGAGAACCUCCUCAACAGGUUUCGAGAAGCUCUGGUGGAGUUCGGGAAGGAGCAUCGCAGGGAUCCAGGCAACAACAAAAACAAGUUCUACCUCCACUAUCUGCUGGCGUCCAUCAGCAACUGCAUCAUCCUCAAAAAGUCCACAGAGAGCUUGCAGCAGCAGCAGUCGUCCCGGUCAGCGGGACAGUUGUCUCGGACUCCUCCCAACCCUCUGGCAGCUCUGGACCGGGCGGUGAGACGGGCGUGUCGUCUCGUGAUGGAUCAGCUCCUGCUGGACCUGAAGCCUUUACUCCCAGGACUGCUGACCCGAACGUGGCUGGUCCAGGGAGACCCCACCCCGAAACUCUGCUGCAUCCUGGAGCGUCACCUGGAGCUCUACAGCCGAGUUCGCCCACCCUGCAGACAGCGUCUGCAGGAGGAGGCCCAGUGGCUGAUGGUGGUGGAGUACGUCAGGGCUCUGAUGCAGAAGAGGCUGGUGUGUCGCAGCGCUGAGGAGAGGAGGCAGCUCGCCCAGCAGAUGGUUCAGGACGACCAGCAGUUCAGAGAAAUUUUCCACGGCCUGGAAGGUGAAGGGUCAGUACCUGAAGUGAAUCCUUUGGCAUUACUUCCCGUCCUGGCUGACUUCAUCCAACUGAAAGACUGCAGCAUGCUUACUCUGGAAGUUUCUGGACUUGCAACUAAAUACCCUGACAUCAGUGAAGAGCAUGUGUCUGUGCUGCUGGACAUCCGUGGUGAUGUCUCCAGGGACAUCAGAGGGGCUGUACUGGACUUGCUGGAGCAGAGCGCCCCCCCUCUGCCUGCAGGGUACCGGCCCAUCUUUACUGACAUCCUGGUGCCUCCCUCCACCUUGGUCUUCUGUCUGCCCACUGCCAAGUGUGCAUGACUGGGACUCAAACUGUGGCCUGAGCUCAAUGUCUGCAUCUGGUUCACAGAAAGGUCAUCGAGCCAGGUUCUCUCAGCUCGUUGUUACAAUUAAAAACCGCAGGACCAAACAGCCGAACACGCGUGAAUCUGUUCCUGCUGAGUUUCCUAUUAUGUUGAUGGCACUUGUUAUUUAUCCAGAGAAGAUCUGUUGAGUUUUUUCCUGCUUCACGCUCCCAGUCCUACACACAUCUCCCAUACUGGGAUCUGUCCAGUUGCACCAACACUGUCUUCUUUUGUUGCCCUCUGAAGUAGACUGAGCGUUCAGGGCCUUGCUCAAAGGCUUCUUAACGUAUUGAGUGACAGGAGAGUGCCACAUUCUCAUUUCCUUCACCUUCAGUUUACCAACAGUUUGAGCUGGUGACUUGCUGGUUUAACUUCAGUUUAAACUUAUUUGUCUGGUACAAUCCUAAAUCUAUGUGUCACAAUACAGUCCCCACAGGAUUUCACAGUCUGUUUUUGUGGUUGUUGCAGCCUGAAAUGCCUGAUUUUAUGGCAGCUUUUCUAGAAACAUUAUGAUGCAUGUUGUGAUAUUUUUUAGGCAUUUUUACAUCUAAAGGCAAAAUGAGAAUUGCAAAAAUAGUUGCUACUUUAAAAACAGAAAGAUUGUCAGAGAGAUUGUAACAAAUUUAGCUAUAUUCCAUAGCUAAAUUGUUUAAAUGGUAAACUAAUAUCUUCUACUCUGUCACAUGUUGUCAUCUGUUUCAGCGAUUUCUGCUACAGAUUUCAAUGGACUUGGACUUUAAAGCUGCAAUAAGGUGCAGACACAGCGAACCAGCAUAAAGAACUGGUGACGAUGAAAGCCAACUAUUGCGUCGCCCUACGUCACCUGUGUCGCCACAAAAAAGUUGCAACUGAACACACAACAAAAACUACAGUCAACGGCCAACUAGCAUGUACGUUUUGCGCCUGCUUGAAUUCAUCAUUCAAAAAGGGAAACGGGAAUACUGACAGGAUGAAUUCAAGACGCUUGUUAUCCAGUAAGCACAUUAACAACACAACUCGAUGUCCAAAGUGCAGAGCAUAUUUACACACGCUAGCAAACAAUAACUCAAACAAUUAUAAACUGUUUCUACUAAAGAGCUCAAUGGCUAAAAAAGAAAAUAAUCUUAAUUUUUACAGAGAUUGGGUUGCAGCAGAUAUUUAGGGGCAGAUACCCUAAAACCUCACAAAACUAUUUCCAUGGCUACAUAUGACUGUUGAAAAAUUUUUUUUGUUUGUAACUUUGUAACCGACACACUAAGUGGCAUCCAUCACCUUACAUGAUAGCACCUAUUGGAGAUAAUUAAUUAGGAACAUGUGAAACCUUUCCAAAUCCUGAUCAAUAUUCAUAAACACCGCCGGUCAGCCACAAAAAAGCAAAGUUCUCCGGCAGCCUGUGAGAUAUUAAAGGUCUUCUUGUUUAUUUUCCUGUUUAAUGUAUUCAGCUGUGAUGCCUGACAGUUCCUGCGGUUGAAUUUUUUAAUUGUCAAAUUAAUUUGUGUGUGUGAUGCAAUGCUUAUUUCACGCUAAACUCUGAAUUCAGUGGGGUCAAGUCAAAUCGAAGCAAAACCUUUUUUUCUGGUAUAUUUAUUAAAAAGCCAAACAACGGUCAUAACAUGAGAAACUAAGAAGAUGCAGUCCACAAUGCAUCUGAAUGUAACAGACAAAAAUAGAUGGAUUGGUUAUAACACACAGUUUCUGACUUAAAGAAUAUCAGUGUUUUAUUGAGGCAUCACCACAUUACAGUCAGUUUUCAGUGAGAGCUCCUGGACUGUGAACAUCCCGCCCGAGGAGGAACUCAGGCUGCUGAGUACCUUUAAAUCACCUUGAAAAUAUCAGUUUUUCAUCAGCUUCUCUUCAUGUAUUUGUUAUUUUGUCCAAUUUUGUUUUGUAUUGAUGUUCAUAUUGGGUGUUUUUAAUCAGAUUUUUAAAAUUGUAUUUAUUGUAUUUAUGUAUAAUUUUUCUGCUAUUUCCUGUUGAAUAGUGUUUCUCGUUAUUUCAAUGGAUUUGUCUCUUGUUCUGGUUCAAAGGAAACCUCUAAAGCACACUGUAAACUCUGUCACAUGAAUGCUUAAAUAAAUGUUUUACAAAGCAAA